AUGUCUCUUAUCCCAUGGCUCCGGUGGAAUGAAGCUCCAGCUCGGCUGUCAUCCCGGAGCCCAACUGAGAUGGUGCUGGAGACACUCAUGAUGGAGCUAGUGGGGCAAAUGCGUGAGGUGGAGCGGCAGCAGCGGGAACGCAGCAGUGCAGUCAGAAAGGUCUGCACUGGCGUGGACUACAGCUGGUUGGCCAGCACACCACAGCCCGCCUAUGACCUCAGCCCUGGGGAGCGGCUGCAGCUGGAGGCAGUGUGUGCCAAGAUCCACCCAUCCUACUGUGGGCCGGCCAUCCUCAGGUUCCGGCAGCUGCUGGCGGAGCGGGAGCCGGCGGUGCAGGAGGUGUCCCAGCUGUUCCAUUGCGCGCUGCAGGAGGCUCUGGAGCGCAUGCGGCAGGAGGAGGAGCUGCAGCGGCUAGCUCUGCGGUGGGGCCAGCGGGCUCGAGGCGGCCUGGCCCCUUUCAAGGCCCGCGCGCGCAUUGCGCCCUCCACCGGCCACAUCCUGACGGUGUCCGAGCGGGUGGAGCGGGCCGCGCCAUCUCGCACCAGGAGCGCGCCAGACUUCCGAGCUGGCAUGGCCGGCUCGACGCAGACCGGGUGGGGCGUCCUGGACCAGCCCGGCUCGCCCGUGCACUAUUAG